GUGAAGGCAAAGGCGGAGAAGAUGGAGAUAGAGAAAAGAAGAGGAGAGAGAAAAUAAAAAAAAUAAAAGUGUGAAAUAAAUGCUCCUCCAUUUCUCUCCUUUCUUCUCUUCCCUUCCCCGGUUCCCCAACCCAUUAUCUCUCCUCCAAUUCUCCUCCUCUUUCUCUCACUACCUCUACCCUGCAACACAACAACAACAACAACAACUACUACAACAACUAAACCUCGAUUCCAAACCUCAACCCACAACCUUUUUUUUUUUUACUUCCUUAGUUUAAUAACACUCACAUUCUUUGCUUUCUUCUUUUUAUUUCACGAGAUCCCCAUCUUUUUUUUUCUUCUCUCUCUAAAACCUUCUUUCAUGUCUUCUUCUUCUUACCCACUUCUCCAUCUUCUCACUUAACUCUCUCUCUUUCUCUCUCCUCACUCACUCACAUUGUUCAAGAUUUUUCAGAAAUUUAAACUCUGUUUCUUUUGUUAUCAAGAUUUUCCCAGAAAAAAAGAUGGCGAAUAAUGGUAAACCCAUUUCAGAGCUAGGUAUAGAUACCCUUUCAGAUCGACUCAAAGACUCAUCUCUUUCAUUUACCAGCAACAACAAGCCCGAUUUCCGAGAACUCGAUCUGGGUUCACCGGUUUCUCCUUUACGAACUCGGACGAGUGCACCCACUCCGAGUUCUCUAACUACUACCACUACAACCACCACUACUACCACAACAACAAGCAGCUCUUCCAGCUCAUCCGGGUCAUAUUCGGGUCGUACAAACCCAAACCCGGUUCCAAAAACCCACUCCGGCGAACUCUCCGGUUCAACAGAGUCAACCCCAAGAACAACCAAACCGGGUCAUACCCGGUCCGACUCAUGCGGGUCAAGCGGGUCCCACCCGCUUAUAUACUCAGGAGGUGGUGGAUCCACGGUGAACUCGCCGCCGUUGAAUGUUCUUCCGACGGGAAAUAUCUGCCCGGCGGGCAGGACAUUGAAGACGGGCAUGGGAAUGGGAGCUGCCCGGACUGUGUCAAGGUCAGAUGUGUUGGGGUUAGGGAGAGGGAAUUAUGGACAUGGGAGUAUAAUGCGGUCAGGUGGUAGUGUAGCUGGCACUGCCCCUUCCCCUGCCCCUUCCCAGCGGUCAGGAGAAUUGCAGGAUCCGAUGAUGAUGAAGAAGAAGGUGAUGGGGAUAUCGGAUCCAGAGGAGGUAAAGAGGUUAGGGAAUGAGCAGUAUAAGAAGGGUCAUUUUGCUGAGGCAUUGACUUUAUAUGACCGAGCAGUCGAGCUUUCGCCGAAUAAUCCUGCUUACCGGAGUAACCGGGCCGCUGCAUUGACCGGUUUAGGUCGCCUUGCUGAGGCCGUCAGGAAUUCUGAGGAUGCUGUCAGUUUGGAUCCUGCUUAUGGAAGGGCUCACCUCAGAUUAGCCUCUUUGCUCAUUAGGUUAGGACAGGUAGAAGUUGCUAGAAAUCACCUAUUCUAUGCAGGACAGCAGCCUGAGGCAACAGAACUCCACAAGUUACAAGCAGUGGAGAAGCAUCUAAGUAAAUGUUCUGAUUUCCGGAAAAUCGGUGACUGGAAAAGCACAUUGCGAGAAGCAGAUGCUGCAAUUGCUGCUGGAGCUGAUUAUUCUCCUCAGCUUUUCUCUUGUAGAGCAGAAUCCCUUUUAAAGCUCCAGCAACUUGAUGAUAUAGAUAGCAUCCUAUCAAAUAUACCGAAAGUUGAACCAUCUCCGAACUGCUGUUCACAGAGUAAGUUUUUUGGGAUGCUUUCUGAGGCUUACCUCUUUUAUGUUCGGGCCCAGAUCGAGAUGGCACUUGGAAGGUUUGAGAAUGCAGUUACUUGUGCUGAGAAGGCUGGGAAGACUGAUCCUAGGAACUUUGAAGUUGCAAAACUGCUAAACAAUGUGAGGCUAGUGGCUAGAGCUCGUGCACGUGGAAAUGAUCUCUUUAAGUCUGAAAGGUAUACAGAAGCUUGUUCAGCUUAUGGAGAAGGCUUGAAGCUUGAUCCUUCCAACUCAGUUCUUUAUUGCAAUAGAGCUGCCUGUUGGUUCAAGCUUGGUAUGUGGGAGAAGUCUAUUGAAGAUUGUAACUUUGCUCUUCGCAUCCACCCAAAUUAUACAAAGGCCCUUCUUCGAAGGGCUGCUUCAAACAGCAAGCUUGAACAAUGGGGUGAAGCUGUUAGAGAUUAUGAAGUUUUGAGGAAACAACUACCGCAUGAUAAUGAAGUUGCUGAAUCUUUAUUCCAUACUCAAGUUGCAUUGAAGAAAUCGCGUGGUGAGGAGGUUUUCAACAUGAAAUUUGGUGGUGAUGUAGAAGAAAUUACAGGCCUUGAGCAAUUUAGAGCUACGAUAUCUUCGCCAGGUGUCUCUGUAGUUCAUUUUGAAAUUUCCUCAAACCCACAAUGUAAGCGCAUAUCCUCUUUCUUGGAUACGCUGUGUGGUCGAUACCCUUCCAUCAAUUUCCUCAAGGUCAAUGUUGAGGAGAGCGCAGAUGUAGCUAACGCUGAAAAUGUGAGAAUCGUACCGACAUUCAAGAUUUACAAGAAUGGUAGUCGGGUGAAGGAGAUUGUAAACCCAACAAGUGAAGUGUUGGAAGCUUCGGUGAAACACUAUAGUUUUUAACACACACACAACUACUUUUAUCUCUGUAAGUUUACUCAGAAAAUCUCUUGUUGCUGCAAUGAACCCUAGCGAUCCAACCCAAUUCCCUCCGUCCACCACUUAUUGGUCAAACUCCUUCCACAUACAAAUUCAAUCUUUUGCCCAUCCAACAUGUGAGGAUUACUGCUAGUUCACCUGUGACAUAAAAACCCGAGCUGCACAAUAAUCCCAAAUUAGGAACCAAUGCCAGAAGAACCAGGAGAGAUAGCUUAGAACCGCCUCCUCCCUUUUCCUCGCUCUUUUGCACCUUAUAAAUUUAUUCAUUCAUUGUCCACCGUGCUCUCUGGUUCCACCUUCAUCUGCCCAUAUUGCCUUUAUUUCAAAAAAUUAUUUUUUGGAGGGAGCUACUUUUCUUUUCAUUUUCACUUAGCCAGCAUCAUUCUUGUAAAACUCCGACCCUCGCCUAAAAUCUCUGUUUGAUGGAUGUGUGUAUACCUUGGUUAGUGCAGUCGCAAAGAAGAGAGGAGACAGAAUAGAGGUGGCUGGCCGGUAGCCGGUAGGAAAGAGGGAUUCUGUACAUGUAUAUAUGUUAAUGAUAUAUACAAAAAAAAAUACGAUUUCGAAGCGACGAUGACGGAGAUUGGAUGUCUGGUGGGUAAUUUAAUGGGUUAGUGAAUAGAAGGAUGAAUAUGAAUCAAAUGAAUGUUUAUUUUGAUAUUUUUUUUUUUUAUUUUGUUACUUUUGUUCAACCAUUUCCAAUUAUUUCAUCAAUAAAAUCCCCCCCUCCUCCCCUUCCAAUU